AGAAGCAACAGCGAUAAUAUCGGUCGUUCCUUCCCCAAUACCUUCACGUCCAAAGGCAGAGUAGCGCUCUUCUUCCCCAUCAUCGCCCCUUCCCUCUCUUUCUCCCACUGUCGCUCCUUCCCUCUCCCCAAGAUUACUCCUUCCAUUUCCCCAUCCUAGCUCCUCCCAACGCUCCUUCCCUCCCUCGCCGCCAUUCUCACCAUCGCUCCUUCCACACCAUGUCCACCGUCGCCGUCACCCCCACUCCCCCCCCCUCUCCCAUCGACGAUAUCUGGUCCUCCGCCUUCACCCUCUACAAACAACAAACCAACCGCGACCUCUCUUCCUCCACCCUUCCCCCCAAACUCCUCACCGUCGACGACGUGCUCUCGGAGGUCGAAGCCUCGCACACGGCAUUCGGGUCGUGGCGGAGCAAGCAUGCUCGUGUGUGGGGGAAACUGAGCGGGUGUAUUGGGCCGUUGGAGGUGUUGGGGGAUGGUUGUGAAGCUGUUUGGGGGGCAGGUGCGGUGUUUGGGGCGGUUGUUUAUUUGCUCAGGGCCUGCGAAGAGGUGGAGAAGAGUUAUGAACUCGUGGAGACGCUGUUUGAGGAGAUGGAGGAAUUUACAGUCCGGCUGAAGGAGUAUGCAAAGGUGGAAGUUGGGGAGGCGAUGAGGAAGAAGGUUGUGGCGACGUUGGCUUGUAUGUUGGAGAUUAUUGGAAGAUCUGAGGAGUUAAUUCGGACGAAGAGAUUCAGACACUUUAUCGGCGUGGCGUGGGUUGGCAAGGAUGAAAAAACACGAGACGCCCUUGACCGCUUUCAUAAGUUGAUAGACAGCGAAGAGCGCCUCGUCAUUGCGGUGACCUAUUCAUCAGUACAGAAUACUGAGCACAAUGUUGAUACAUUGCUCUCCGCUGCAGACGAAAAUAAGCUGUCCCAGAAAGAGAUAUUAGGGAAAGUAGACCAUCUCUCGACAGUAGCAACAGAUAGCAAGGAAGAAGAGCUACUCAAGAAUGCUCUGUGGACAGAAGCCGUCCCCAAAACGAACGAAAUCUUUGCCGAGUUUAAAGAGAAUAUCCUUAAAGGGACAUGUGAGUGGUUACACGAAGAGGCCCCCUUCCUUGCUUGGGAAAAAGAGGAGGCAUCUCUACUAUGGGUCUUCGGGGGACCAGGGGCUGGUAAGAGCUUUUUGGCUACAAAAACAAUCCUUUUCCUUCGAGAUCAGCAUGACCAGAACCUUGAACAACCCUCGAAAGCCGCUGUAAGUUACUUCUACUUGAAAGAAGACAACCAGACUCUGCAUGACUUAAAUGUCAUUUUGAAGACUAUCGCCUACCAGAUCGUGCAGAAGGAUGGAACAUACAAAAAAUAUGUUCAGUCUGUGUGCAGGUCAGCAGAGGCUACCAACACAGCAGAGAAAACGUGGAAGGCUCUAUUUCUAAAUUUCUAUACGUCGACGCAGUGGGUUGAGAGCUUAGCCUUUAUCGUCAUCGACGCACUUGACGAGGCAUCUCUAGACACGAGGAGGAAAUUUCUGGAUCUCCUCAAAGUUCUAGUGUACCCACCCCCCGGUAAACGCACUACGGCUCCCCGACUCAAGAUUGCCAUCUUCGGCCGCCCAGAUAUCAAGGACGACAUGGAAUUCCCCCGACAAAAGUUUGUGGACAUCAAUGCGCAGAAAAACCGCAAAGACAUCAAUGACUAUAUCCUCAGCCGACUUCCGCUUGUACGAGUCCUCAAAGACAUGAAGCCCAAGGCACGGACCAAAUUUGCCAAGGAGAUCCGCGCCACCAUCCUCGAGCGCGCAGAUGGCAUGUUCUUCUGGGCCAAGCUGGUGCUCGACCAAAUCUGCCGCAAGGAGCGCAAGAGCGACGUACAGCAGGCCCUGGAGAACGCGCCGCGCGAGCUAGACCGUAUGAUCCGUCAUGUCUUUGAAAGGGUGGCAGCUGAUCCGGACGUAAAUAUUGCGGAUCUCAAUAAGAUACUAUCAUGGGUUGCAUGCGCAAAGAGGCCACUACUAUUAGGUGAGCUGCAUACUAUUCUGAUGCUUCCCACAGGGGAACCGAACCUGUCGCUACGGCGGAGGCUGAGUGGGAAGUUUGCUUCGUUCAUUAAUAUGUCAAGAUAUGUUGGGGAAGAUUCAGACGAGGAAGAUGGUAAUGAGGAGGGUGAAGAGGCGGUGCUGGGAGAGAGGGUAGAAGAGACACCGCUAGACUUUGCUAAUCUGAGUGACGACAGUGACGGUGAUGGCGACGAUAGUGAUGAUGACAGCGAUGAUGACAAUGACGAUGAUGGUGAUAGUGACGGUGAAGGUGAUAUGACACUCCAAAAAGACGAGUUCGCAACAGAGUUCAGAACCACCGAAAUAUCCUUCAGCCACAAGCGCAUCAAGGACUACCUAGUCCAGGAGGGAGGGUCGAACCCAGUCUUUAUUCCCCCGGAAUUUCCCAACAUGCCAAUCGGUAUUGACGUGAAUGAGUCUGAGCUUGAGUUAGCCCUAACCUGCCUUGCUAUUUUAGUGGACAGGGUCACUUGGACUGAAGAUAAGUUCGAUUUGAUGCAGUAUGCUGCAGAAAAUUUUAUGAAGCACAUAGGGGGGAUCGACCGGUCGAAAAUUAGCAAGGAGGAUAAUCUGAAGCUCUUAGAGCAGAUAACCAACUUGUUUUACGACGAUGUCGGGGCCAGGAAGCUGCUUGACCCUCAGUCCUUAGGAUACAGGGGUUCUAUAAGCCGCCAGGAACUUAUUUUUUAUCUCAUCUGGAUUGGGACAAAUGAAUACUCAAAGCUUCUCCGCGAAUGCCUCGGAGAAAUCGACAACAUGGGUAUUAAUAAUUUCACAACUGGUCAGCUUGAGUGGUUGAAGCUCUCUGUGGCUUCUGUAAAGGAAUUUUAUAGACCGCUUAUGAUAGAGUCGUCAAAAAUGUGGCUUACAAAGACUGGGUUCGAUGAUUUUGGGUACCUAUCUAAGUCACAUCUCUAUGUGUGCAUGUUGCAUGGCUACUUCAUGAUGAAUGAUGACGGUAGCCUAAAAGACGGCAUCAAAGAUUUCUCUCCCUACAGUUAUAAUAACAAUAUGAGCAGUAUCCCACUUGAAAGAAUUCGCACAUAUGCGGAGUGGGCUGGUCUUGAGAAGACAGAACACUGGCAUGCUUGCCUCGGGUGGGCUAUGAAGAAAGCGGGCUAUUUCGAUGCUGCCAUUGUAGAAUUCAAAAAAGUUCUGGAGAUAGACAAUACGGCUUGGGUCGCACAAGAAGGACUCUCCCGUUGCUACGCCGGCCUUGAUAAUAUCAAGUUGGCACUGGAGUGGAUGGCAGAGGCCAUCCCAAACGUGCCUGAAACUUUCAGUUUUGUGACCCAAGCACAGUUAUUGCCACAAGUUGCAUCUUGGUUAGGCCAGAUUGGGGAGUCUGAUCGCGCCAUCGAAGCCUGGAAGGGGGUGUGGGGGAAUAAUACACAAGACACGGAUAACCUAGGGAAAUACAUCUGCGAGCUGCAUAAAUGGGAUCGACACCAAGAUCUGGUUGUCGUUAUCACGGAGAUAAGCAGUCUGGUGUCACGCAACGAGCAUUGCGAAAAUCUUCUCGUCGAGCUCCUGACCAGCGCCGACAAUGAAGUCUUCGAUGCCAUCGGAACAGCCUUUAAUAUCACCAAUGCCGCGGACGUCCGCGCUACCUUCCUAGACGCAUGCACUAUUGCGAUCACCGCCGCCGACGCCAUAGAAGCCAAGAAAAACAAGUCGACAUCGCCCAGCUUGUCCCGCAUCAAAGUCGCGUUCUUCAAGUAUGCCUACUGCAACCAGACUUCUGAAGCCAUCGCGCUCUGGCAUCAGACUAUUGACCUAAUCGACGACUUUGCUGCGUCCGGCGGGCGCUGGCUAAUCCACGAACGCACGUGGUGUACUAACGCCAUCUGCGAGAUUCUCUUUGACGACGUGGUUGAGGCGAAGGGAAAAGGCGAGGAUCCGGCGUCGUUGGUUGAUUCUCUAAAGCAGUGCGCGCGCAUCGGCGCAGGGGAGCUCAUUUACGAUGAAGACGGGACCCCGGCCUAUGGCACAACAUAUACGAGUCUGAAAUACGGUGUGUGGCUGUGCGAUUAUGGCGGUGCCGAGGACACGGUCUGGAAGACAUACUUAAAGGCUGGGGUGAUACCAUGGGUUGAUCUGCUCGCUGACGAGGAUAAAGAUGCUGAUGAUAAAUUAUUUGGGUGAGUUGUUUCCCAUUAAUCCCCUGCCAGCCCUACUUAAAGUACGUUGCUUGCUGAUAUUUGGGAUGAUAGAUUUUUCGCCAUUGGACUUGCUCUCUUGACAGUGAAUGAUAUACCGAAUGCGACUACCGCGUUUGCUGUCGCCAUGAAGCCGCUCCAGGAGAGCGCUAAAAAGCGCGCUGCAGAGGCUGGAACGGCCAUAAAUGGCGAUCUGGAAGGGGAAACCGAGGAAGUGACUAAUGGCUCUGCGUCGGCUAGCCAAGCCGCAGGAGAUCGAGACGAAGGAGAUGGCGAGCCCGGCUGCACCCAAAAUGUCUCCAAGUACCCCUUCCUCUCCUCCUAUGGAUGCAUGAUAAUCUGCAACGGCUCCUGUGACACUCCGAACUCCGAAUAUACCUCACUAUAUUCAUGUUCCAUGUGCAGGUACAUGACCCUGUGCGGACCUUGCCUAGAACUUUUUAAGGGGGAUGGGUUCGUCAAGCGGAUAUGUAAUGUUAAGCAUGAGUAUUUUAAGAUUUUUCCGCUGCCAGAGGGAAGUGAAGAUUUGGCUGUUACGAUUGUGGGGCCACAGGCGAUACCAAGAGAGGAUUGGUUGACGGGUUUAAGGGAGAGGUAUGGUGGG